ACCAAGGACGAACAAGGUGGGAUUCGCACCAAUGCUACGGUUUGUUUGGCUAAAUUGGCCUCUCUUUUCUCUACACAAGUGCAGCAGGGAGUGAUGUUGAGUGCGUUCUUGCGUGUCACUCGAGACCCGUUCACUCCGACUAGGCGUGCUGCGGUCGCAGCCUUAGCUGCAACUCAGGGGUACUACACGACGGAACAAUUGGCAUGUAAACUCCUUCCCUGUCUGUCUUUUCUUACUUUGGAUCCCGAGAAAGAUAUCCGUGACGAUGCGUUCCGUACGAUUCGCGGAAUCAUUGAACUAUUGGAACAGAUCAGCGAGGAUCCUGCUCGUGCCGAUGUGUUCUCGAAAGGUUCCCAAGAUACGACAACAAACACAAAAGGAGCCACCAGCGGUGUCGGUUUGAAUACUGCAUCCACUCUGAGCCAAUGGGCUCUAUCAGCGCUCAAAUUUUCCUCACGCCUGAUCGUGUCUGGGCCUUCCAGUACAACUACCGUUGCCAGAUCUUGUGCAGGCGAAAGUUUAGAUAGUAGUGCUAAGCAAUCACCAAGUCACGCUGUCGGAGGAGCCGCCUCAAAGGACAAGGUUGUGAAUGAAAAAUCGCAAUCAGCUACAUCAAAAUCCAUAAAAAAACCAAUGGAACCUCGUCCCUCUGCUACUGCACAGUUUACUCACGAGCGAUUGUCUGCUGGUGCCGAAAUGGAACGUCGUUGGGAUGGUGACGGUGAUGGUGAUGCUGAUGAUUGGGGAUCGCUUGAAGCGGAAAUACCAGCUGAUCAUUUCCGUGACACAAAAACCUCAAUAAAUACAGUAAAAGAAACCUCUUCAUGGGAUUGGAAUUCGCCGGAACUGGACAAAACACAUGACGAGUUAUUUGGAUCGUUCAUUCGUGACGAUUCCUCUGGACCGCGGUCAGUGAAACCAGCCACUGCAGCUUCCGCCAUGCCACUCCAGGAACGAUCAACCUCACCUCUCGGUCAACUCAACAAACAAUCUACAAAGAAGCUUGACGAUUGGGAUACGGAAGCAUUUUUCAAUCAGAUUUCCCUCACAAAUAAACGGGAUAAUAGUGCCAGUCAGACAAAAUUAAAUCGUGCAAAAGAAGCCAAGACAACAAAACGAGUUACAAAACAUAUGCAUGAAAAACACACGUCCCCUCGAGAGCCAGAAUCCGUGGAUGAUUCAGGUUGGGGUGACUGGUAA